UUAGUUCCAGUUUUGCCGUGCUUUCGUUCGGUCGGUCGUAAUUCCGGUAGUUGGUUCGAAUUUCGUUGGAGGUGUUGGGCUGCUUGCUUGCUGUCUCCCGGUCUCCGGCAGUGAAUCCCAUCAGUUCUUGCCGAUCUGGAUGGAUGGAUGUGGAUAGAAUUUCGUUUCCGAUGAUGGAUGCGUUUGUUGAAUACUGAAGGAAGGCAACAAACAGAAAAACGCGGUUCAUGGUGUUGUGUUGGUAUAACAGUUGUUGCAGCAUAAAAAAUUAUGUGAGCAAUGAAUCGAGAAGAGCUUGAUUCUGCAUAGAAUUUAUAAGGCUAGUUUGAUGAAUGUUUUUAACGAUUUUUAAGAAGAGGUGCGGUCUGUGCAGGGAAUGCUCAUAAAGCAGUGAAAUGAAAACAAAAAGAUCGUGAUCGUGAUGCAUUUCAAUUAAAGCAACCGGGCGAAGAAAAGUGAUCAAAAUAAAGUUUUGGGGGAAAAUCUCUUUCUGGCGCCAACUUCCGGUUGCUUUGGUUUUUUCUUCCUAUUUCCAAAGGCAGGAAGGAAGGAAAGGAAACGCGCAAUCAAAGUAAACCGAUAAAAGUGAUUUCAAUGAGCGUGGGUGCGGAGAUUUGAAUGUUUGGUUCUUUGAUUCGUUCCUCCGAAUACUGUUGUGAAGAAUUUUUAAAGCAGAAGGGUGCACAACACAUCAUCGGUGAGGCGUAGAAAGGAGACGAUAGAAAGACACUUGCAGAAAGCUUCAGCUCGGAUCAGCGAUUUUCUGGUAACUACAUACCCACUUUGAGUGAAUGGUUUCUGCAAAUCAUAAGAAAUAAUUGUGCCCUAUGGAUGUGAGAGGUUCGAUUGAAAAAGAAAAACGCGAAAAAUAGGCACACACAUGCUGCCAAGUUCAAGUGUUCAACAAAAAGCCUUGUGUUGAGUGAGAUGUUUGAAUAUUGAUAGGCGAAAAUCGUGUAUCAGUAAACAGCAACAAUCGUGACCUUUAAUCUUCCCAAAAAUAAACGGAAAUCUGCAGGAAUGUUCUUCUGCUGAGUGCCUCGCAGAACGUGUUUUGCUGAUUGUGGAAGGAAUAUUAAAAUUGAGAUUUGCUUCAAUCAUGUGGCACGCUACAUUUGUUAAUAUGAUUCGACAACCGGAUGGAGAGUCACCGUCAUUUUUCUUGGAAUGCCGCAAACUGUCAUACACCCAAAAUUGAUUGCACCUAGUGCGGUUUUUUGUUUUCAAACGCAUCUGAGCUAAGAAAUUUGAAGAAAAACAUCCAUUGCCGAUUUCCGAUGAAAAACGGGGGCCGAAAGUGGUGAAAAGUUUAGCCCCUCGUCGCGUGUAUACAAAUGAGAUUUGUUGCUCGUCCAGAAUUGAUGGCGGUAACCGUGCGGUGAAAGAAGAAAACAAAAGCCAUUCUUGGAUCGUACAGAAGAUGAAUGAUCGCCGCGCCCCGAUCGAAUGAUGCUUUUCUAUGUGUAUCCCAGUGUUUUUCUUCAAAGAAGACAAAGUGUGAAAUUUGUCGGCUGUUUGUUCCGUUAUUGAGUGGGUGCUAAAUAUUUGAAAAAAAAAAUCCUAACGAGCGAAGUAGAAAUAUUGUUAUUCUUUUCCUCGCAAUCAUUUCACGACCUUGACCUGAUUUUUGGAAAGUUGCGGGAAGACGGAAGUCGUCGCCCACAGUGGUGGUGUAAAGUGGGCCAAUUUUAGUGGUCAAAAUUUUGAAGUUCAAAAAAACUCGUUACAAAAUGGCAGAGAAUGCCAAAAGUGGUGCUGCGCUGGGAGGAGGAAAUGGCGAUCCUCCCCGGAAGGGAAACAACAUGAAUGGCAACGGAAAUGGGCGAUCUGGGGCGGGGGUUCGUUUUGGGGCUGAUGUGACGUCCGGUGGCAACAAGAAGGCCAUUGGCCAGCGCGGAAGUUCCGGAUCGCUAGAUGAAGAGGCGAAAUUGCUGCACCAACAGAAAAAUGCCAACGUCGUGAAAGUUACCGAUAUUGGUGGGGGAGAUGGCAGUGGCGUGGGGUCCAUUGAGGAUGGGGAAAAUGGGGACCUUCACAAGGGUCAAGAUGGGAUAGGGGUUUCUGUGAUUGAUAUGGCUGAUGGUGGGACUCAGCCAUAUAAGCCUAUCAAGGGCAAAAAGAAGAACAUGCUUAGUGCUUCCUACCAUCGGCUGCUGACCACCUUCGAAGUAUCCAAAAAAUCAGAGCGGCCCCUAAUUUCCCUAAUUCUGAUCGUUCUGCUGUUGCUGAUAGUUCUAAUUUUGCUGGUCAUCUUCUGGCCCCGUCUUCCGGGCUAUUUGACCAAAGAAGUCUGUCUGGAGGCAGAAUGUUUGGAAGCUAGCAAACAGAUUCUCUCCUGGGCCCGACCGGAGAUCAACACGUGUCAGUCGCCGUUCGAGUGGGCCUGCGGCCGAUUCGAGGAGAAAUACGCCGGGCACGCUUUCUUCGGCGUCAACAAGGGCGAGUGGAAUUCGGACGCCUAUCAGGACUAUGAAGAUACCGAGGCAACCUAUGACUUCAUCACCAAACUGCCAUCGGUAGCGAUGACCUAUUCGACACAGUCGAUGAUCAAAAAGCUGCACGCCAUUUGCACCACGGUGGAAACUGUUAGCAACAGCGAGGCUAUAACGUCACUCAAACGCAUGCUAAACCAUCUAGGUGGCUGGCGGAUGCUGCUGGGCAAUAAUAAUCCCCACUGGGAUCUGCGCGAGAAUCUUCAGAAGGUCCAGCCCAAAUACGGAGCGACGCCGUUCUUCAAGCUCGGUGUGGACACCCGGAAUGCCCCGCCGUACGACUAUAUCAUCACGGUUAGCGAGGGCGAACUAGGGCUACCGAGCAAGGAGUUCUACCUGAUGGAGGAGAAGCACCCGGUCAUCCAAGCCUACCACACCUAUCUGCGGGACAUUCUCGUACAUCUGGUGGCAUCCUCGACAAUCAAAUCGAACGACUACGCCAAAAUGAUCUUCAACUACGAGCGGCGGAUAGCGCUGGACGUGCUGAGCGUGCUGAAGGAAGGUGGCAACGCGUCCCAGCCACAAAUCCGAACCAUGCAGCAACUGAUGGACGAAGCUCCCUCGCUUCCAAUUCUUCAGGCUGCUCAAACGAUGUUCAAGAAAAAGAUCACCGAAAAAACUCAAGUUCUCGUAAGCAGCCCGCUGGCGUUGAAGAUGAUAUCACAAAUUAUCACCACCACCGAUAAGGAGAUAUUGAACAAUUUUGUAAUGUGGUCUGUGAUAAGGCAUUAUGUCCCCUACAUGUCACGACUGUUUCGGCUAUCGAAGCUAGAGUUCGAUAAGGCUCUGUAUGGUGUCCAAACCAAACAACCGAUUUGGCAUUUUUGUACAAAAAUAGUCGAGCAGGUUAUGCCCUUCGGUUUGGAAGUGCUGCGGGAGAAUCCCGCUUUGAUAGUACACGAUCGGGGUGAUCAGGAUUACCCGGAGCAACACCCUCAUCCAAUGGUUGUCGCAGAUCCGUAUCAGAGCUCGCUCCUGGUGCGAGACGAUCGCGUUCGAUACGAUGAGGAGCUGGUAAAAAUGAUGUUCUACCACAUCCGCGAUGAGUACAAGUCGGCCAUAAUCAAUGCUAAUUGGAUCAACGAGAAGCUUACCAAGUUUGUGGCCGAUAAGCUUUCGAUGAUGCGGGUACAGAUCGGGAUACCCGAAGAUUUGCUCAGAAGCGAGAAACAGUCCAACGACUUCUACAACGAGCUCACUCUGGACGAAUUGAUGUUUGUGGAAACCGUAGUGCAGCAUUGGACGUUCGCUAAAACCCGGAUGGAUCGAAUGCUGGAAAACGUUACUGAUAGUGAAAGAAUUAUAUCGGAACUCUACCCACCGGUCCCAUAUGGGGCAAGGCGCGCACCAGUACCUAAAAUGAAAUACUCAAUAGCUCUUAAUAUGCUCAUUAUUUCGAAACAGAAAGUUCGACAGCCAUAUUUCCAUCAUAAGUUUCCUAUCUCAGUGAAUUUUGCCCGUCUAGGAUCGGACAUUUCGCUGGUGAUUCACGACGCCAUCAACACGCUGACCGAACAGUUCGCGCAAACUGCCAAGGAUCAACCGAAACAAACACUCGAAAAUGUUUUUGACGAGGAAGCACAAGAGUGCAUUUCUAGAAUCAUCCCACACAUAUUCCACCCGUCAAAGGUGUCAAACUCCAGCAAGUUGGACCUCUAUCUGGAGCUGUCGGCCGGAAGUUUGCUAAGCCAGGCCUUCGGCACGCUGCUGGACAAAAUCGAUCGAAACGAACGGAUAUUCGAGAGUGACAUUCCGGAGAAGAGUACCUACGAGGCGAUGGGUUUGCGGCAUAACCGUCGGCAACCGGGCCUUCGAAAGUACGACGAGCAGCAGCUGUUUUCGUUGGCCUUGUUGCAGAAGCACUGUGCCACCGAGGACAGUGCGGUGGUGCGGUACAACAAGCUGCUAGUCAGCGGUAUUCCGGAAGCGGAAAAAUUCCAUCUCCUGUGGCGGCAGAUACCGUUCCUGGCGACGACGCUGGAAUGCAGCAGCAGUACCAGUAGCGCCAUUGGUGGGACGGAGCAAAACUCACGCUGCAACCGCGUUCUUUGAUUAGUGCGGCGAGUGGCUCCAACGAGAGAGGAGGACGAAGAAGCGACAGUGGCCCCGCCGGUGACAGAAACGCCCGCCCGAAAGCGCUCCCGCAAGCGUAAGAAACCUCCAUCAUCACCACCACCACCACUACCACAAGUACCCGUUAAGACCUAUUCCUACUACGAUCCGGCCUUCACCUAUCCGUACCAGAUAGCUGGUCAGUAUCCGAAAUUCCCAGAGAUUCUGGAUCACAUACCGACGGGACACGAAUCGACCUCGGGUGGUGGGAAACAAGGCAACAACGGUGAUAUCAUCUACCCUAAGAUCGAUGUGAAUAGUAUAUUUUUCUGAAUGUUUGAUGCGCGGAUCGAGGAAUGUGAUGUGUAUGUGCGUAGCAUGACUGGAAUUGUCCCUUGAGUUGUAGGUAAGUAUGUAUCUCUUAAUUCUGCCACUGCAAAGUUCACCGUUAAAUCACAUACCUAUUAUGGAAAUUAGUUUUUAAAAUUGAGACAGUACGCUCUGUUUGUUUAAGGUAUUUCUAGGUUUUUAAGCAGUGAACUGAUCUGAAUAAUACAAAAUCUCAGAUUUUUACUUUUAUUUUGGAUCAAAACUUCAACAAUUUAUAGAACAAAAAAAACAAUUAACAACAUUAAUUUAACAUUAAUCGAACGAGAUUCCUUGCAACGUUUUCAUAAUUUCUAAAACAGAACCAAUAAUCAAAUACCGAUACAAUAACGAGAAUAUAAGUAUAUAUAUUUAUCUGGAAAUUCACAGAUUAAAAGAGAAAUUAUCAAGGAAUAUAUACCUAUAUUGAUGUAAAAUUGAGGCCAACAUGAAAGCUAAAAACCACAUUCUAAUGAGAUUUCAAUCGCUCUUGACGCAUUGAAAUAAAACUGAGAUCAUGUACCACGUGCAGACGACAUACAUAAACGAUGAUGAUUAUGAUUAAGUAUAAAGUAUAAUAGCGAAACCAAUCAAUUGUUUAGGCUAAGUGUGUAUCAUCAAAGGAAGAAAAAAAAAGGCGAUGUAAUUUAUUAUUGUACAAUGAACGAAAUUCCAGACACUUACUGAUUAAAAAGAUAAAAAUCCCUUAUACUAACUCGAAUGACCAGUUCCAAUUCGAACGUUACUUUUAUAAAGAAGAAUUGUGCGUUGACAAACGGUUAAGUUUGAAGCUGCUUGAAGUAUGUUAAUAGUAUUGAAAAAAGUGAUUGGCCUGCGAUGGAAAGGCACACACGAAAAUGGAAAAUCCAUUGGAGUUCAUUGGAUUGAGAGACAUCGUUUAAAAGAACGUGAAGUUUAAAACAUCAUCUAACUAUACUAAGUUUUGACAAUUUGACAGUUUCGCGUAUCAGUGAGAUCAUUUCGACGCAUACCCCUAUUAAAUAUGUAUAGGCUUAAACGAGAUCACUAGAGAACUGAAAAAAGGCAUACAACACUGCAGUUAUACGCUUGCGAAGAGCGCGAUCACACAAAUAAAUCUGAAACGAAAGUAAACUAA